CCAAGUAAUGCAUUAUCGUUUUCUUGCUCUUCUGCGUCUUCUACUGCCAUCUUUUGAAUUCUCCGCUGCAGAAAUUUCAGCAGAUUCUGUGAAAUCGUUUCUUCUUUUAGUCUCUCAAAUUGAUUAUCUUCCUCUCCCAAAGAACCCCUUUUCUUCUCUUUGGAAAUCUCCUCUUCUGCUGCUAGAACAGGGCUCCCCUGUUUUUCAUCCCUUCUGCCAUUUUCUACUCCAAGAAAAGCUCUGUUUAUACGCUGAGAUCGGAUUCUGCAAUGGCAAGCCAACCUGAGAAGACCCAAGGAUCGAUUUAUGACUUCACCGUCAAGGAUGCAAGGGGAAACGAUGUGGAUCUUAGCAUUUACAAGGGAAAGGUCCUCUUGAUUGUGAAUGUUGCAUCUCAAUGUGGGUUAACCAACUCAAAUUACACAGAGCUUAAUCAACUAUACGAUAAGUACAGAAAUCAAGAUUUUGAAAUAUUAGCAUUCCCAUGCAAUCAGUUUGGCUCACAGGAGCCAGGAGACAAUGAGCAGAUCUUGGAUUUUGUUUGCACCCGCUUCAAAGCCGAAUUCCCCAUAUUCGACAAGGUUGAUGUAAAUGGGGACGAUGCAGCUCCAGUGUACAAGUUCUUGAAGUCAAGCAAAGGCGGUAUCUUUGGGGACAGCAUUGAGUGGAAUUUCUCUAAGUUCCUCGUGGACAAGGACGGAAACGUUGUGAACCACUACAAACCUGAAAUUACCCCUCUCAGCUUUGAGGAGGACAUAAAGAAGCUGUUGGGGGUUUCAUAGAAGAGUGAUAUAAGAGCACUUAUAAUAGUAGAUUGAUCCUCUAAUGAGGGCUGUGAGAUCCCUCUUUGUUAUAAUUCCUUAGUUUUCUAAGGAGGAGAUGUAUGAUUAUCUAGUU